AUGACCAGGCGAUGCCCGCCUCUCCGGCCUGCUCUUUUCGCCCAGGGCUGGGGCAGCUCAGGUUCUCCGGACACGUACAGGCGGUGGCAUCAUCAGCUGAGCUCGGGCACCGUGCAGAAGGCUCCACUGCGUAGACAGCGAGAGUUGCCCUCAACUGAGAAGGACUGGCUUAAUAUUGCUGAUGAUUUUAAUGAACGGUGGAAUUUCCCAAACUGUGGAGGAGCCAUAGACGGGAAGCACAUCCGGAUAAUCCCACCUGUGAAUUCUGGGUCCUUGUAUCACAACUACAAGGGUUACUUUAGCGUUGUGAUGAUGGCUAUAGUUGAUGCAAACUACAAUUUCCUGUACGUUGAUGUUGGAAAAAAUGGCCGUGCAUCUGAUGGGGGGUCCUUUAAGGACACCCUAUUUUAUGAGAGACUUGUAUCAAGAAGCCUUGAACUUCCACCUGCCUCACAUUGCACAAAUGGCUUGAACUUUGUCUUUGUUGCUGAUGAGGCUUUUGCUUUGCAUGAGCAUGUUAUGAAACCUUAUCCCAAAAGAGGAUUAACAACAGAGAAGAGGGUAUACAAUUACCGUCUUUCAAGGGCACGCAGGACAGUAGAGAAUGCCUUUGGUAUCCUAAGUAAUAGGUUUCGUAUUUUCCACACUGCAAUAAACCUGAGAGUAGAUAAAAUUAAUUGGGUGGUGUUAGCAUGUUGUGCCCUGCACAAUCUACUUAGAAAAAAGAAGAUGCCACCUCGCAACCCAGCACGGCCAGAGCCUACAGAAAUUGUGAGCAAUACCUGUUUCACACCUAUAUGUAGACCAGAAGCUACAGUAGUGAACCCUACAGAUGCGAAAAGGGUCAGGGAAGAAUACCUGGCCUAUUUCAAUGGAGAGGGGGCAGUGGCUUGGCAGUAUGAAAUGAUUUAAGAAAGGCCAGGUUAAAAUAAUAAAUUCAUCUGCUGUUACUGUAUUGCGAUUAAAUAUAAUAAU